AUGGCCGCAACAGUGGCCCAGGUACCGGCGACAGUAGGCCACACAGGUGCAAAUCGAAACCUGGACAAGGCGCAAGCAAUGAGUGGCGUGAUGGUCCCUGGAGCGCCUAAUGAUGCAUCGAAGACAUCGAGAAAACUGCAAUUAGAUGACUUCGCCAAAGUGCGAACCUUGGGCACAGCGGAGCGGACAAGAGUGUUUGCGCUCAAGAUCCUACGAAAAACAGAAGUGAUCAAACUCAAACAGAUCGACCAUGUACGGCAUGAGCGGGCGAUUCUUGGUGAGGUGAGCGGUCAUCCGUUCAUCACGAACCUCCUAGCCUCGUUCUCCGACCGCGAUUCGCUCUACCUCCUCCUCGACUACGUGCCCGGCGGCGAGCUCUUCUCGUAUCUCCGAAAAUUUCGCCGCUUCGACGAGAAGAUGGCGCGUUUCUACGCCGCCGAGAUCGUUCUAGUAUUGGAAUAUCUUCACGAGCAGCAAGGCGGCGUCGCCUACCGGGACCUGAAGCCCGAGAACCUACUCCUAGACGAGGAAGGGCACAUCAAACUUGUGGACUUUGGCUUCGCGAAACGACUCGGCGGACGGGAUGGUGCAUCAGAAACCUAUACGUUGUGUGGCACGCCCGAAUAUCUAGCGCCGGAGGUCAUCCAUAAUAAGGGCCAUACCACAGCUGUGGACUGGUGGGCGCUUGGGAUCUUGAUAUACGAGUUCCUGACGGGCUACCCGCCAUUUUGGCAUCAGAACCCAAUCGAGAUAUACAAACAAAUCGUCGAAAAGCCCGUCAUAUUCCCACAAGAACCGCCAAUCUCCCCAGAGGCCCAAGACAUCAUCCGGUCCUUCUGCAACGCCGACCGGUCCCGCAGGCUGGGCAACGUGAGCGGGGGCGCGAAGAGGGUCAAGGAGCACCCCUUCUUCCGGGGCGUGAACUGGGACGACGUCCUCAACCGGCGGCAAAAGGGCCCGAUCAUCCCGCCCAUCAGGUUUCCGGGCGACGCGCAGUGCUUUGAUAUAUACCCGGAGGAGGACGCCACCCGCGACAAGUACACCGAGGAUCUGAGGGAAAAAUAUGAUGGUUACUUUAAGGAUUUUUAG